AGCCGAAGAACCAAAUGGCGGAGUCAAAACCACGCUCAGACGGAGAUCGAUGAUCUGAAGCAUCUCUCGCUAUUUUGGGAGAAAAUCCGUGUCAUUGCGAGAGCGAUCAAAGCUCGAGGGUUCAUCGAUCCUGCUCGUCAAUGGAGGGAGUCCAACCGGAAGGGGUUGGCGACAAGUACAGCUUGAUAGUGCCCACCUACAACGAGCGUCUCAACAUCGCCCUCCUCGUUUACCUCGUCUUCAAGCAUCUCCGAGAUGUCGACUUUGAGAUUAUCAUCGUUGAUGAUGGAAGUCCUGAUGGUACUCAAGAUGUUGUUAAACAGUUGCAGCAAGUGUACGGCGAUGACCGGAUUCUUUUAAGAGCAAGGCCUAGGAAGCUUGGUUUAGGAACGGCUUAUGCUCAUGGUUUGAAGCAUGCAUCUGGCAAUUUCGUUGUGAUUAUGGAUGCUGAUUUAUCUCACCAUCCCAAAUAUUUGCCGAGUUUCAUCAAGAAACAGCAGGAAACUGGUGCAAGCAUAGUUACUGGGACUCGGUAUGUUAAAGGUGGGGGUGUGCAUGGAUGGACUCUUAUGCGUAAACUCACUAGCAGGGGAGCCAAUGUGCUAGCUCAGACAUUUCUAUGGCCUGGAGUAUCUGAUUUAACUGGAUCUUUUCGUCUUUAUCGGAAAUCAGUUCUUGAAGAUCUUAUUAGCUCCUGCGUCAGCAAGGGCUAUGUGUUCCAGAUGGAGAUGAUUGUUCGGGCCUCUAGAAAAGGAUACCAUAUUGAAGAGAGUAUUUGGAAGUUCAAAGCUUGGGGGAUCUGAAAUCAUUGAAUAUCUAAAAGGCCUUGCAUAUCUGCUGGUCACAACGUGAAUUUGAAGAUCUGUCUUCUUUAGCAUCCUAGUUCACUAACUUUCCAUUAUACGAAUUAGUUAAGGUUAUAGAUUAGGUCUUGCGGCAGUUGUUGCUUUAUACUCUCUCCUGUUGCUUGGGUUUUUUCAAGGCGACCAUGCAUACUUCAGAUGGGUUACUCAACAGAAGCACGUCUUUACAGACUAAAAAUGAUGAUGAAAUUGACGACUGUUGAAAUUUGUGGGAUGAACAAUUGUUUUGGGUCCAUGUAUUAUGAGCAUUCAUACAGUACAAAUUUUUCAUUGGAUCAACGACAGAUGAAGGGAAGAUUACCUGUGC